AUUAUAAUCAACAAAUAUAAUUGUUCAUAAUUUAUUACUAACUUGUAAGAAAGUAUUCUUUACAGAUUGAGGUUAUGUUGUAAAUAUCAACCAGACACGAAAUAAGAUAAAAUGGCAUCAACGAUAAUUCAAUACGUCGUACUUCGCAAAGAUCUUUUAAAAGAAUUAAAUUGGCCUUUAGGUGCGUUAAUAGCGCAAUCGUGUCAUGCGGCAACAGCGGCAAUGCAUUUAUUUUACGAUGAUGAACAUACCAAAGAAUAUUUAAAGAAUUUGGAUUCGAUGCAUAAAGUGGUUUUAGAAGCUAACGAUGAAGAAGCCAUUGUUAAAUUGAAGGAAACGUUGGAUGAGAAUGGGGUGAAACAUAAACUGUGGAUUGAACAGCCUGAAAAUAUACCUACCUGUUUAGUUACAAAACCGUACCCGAAAGAAGAUGUUCAAAAGUAUUUUAAGAAAUUUAAAUUGUUUAAAUAAUGUAAAAAUUGAAAUAAAUUAAUAUGGAUUAAA